AUGAACAUCUCCAGCAUGAUGAACUCCUCCGUCCACUCAGAGGUAGUGUGGGAGUACAGCGUCAAGCCCUUCUUCUCUGUAUUCAUCCAUGUGCUCAAUUAUCUCCUGGGUCUUCCUCUAAACGUGUACGUCAUCGUGCUGCUUUUAAACGGACGCAGGAGCUUGGAUCCGUGUGACGUCUUCACUCUCAACCAGGCCACUGCUGAGAUCUUCUUCAUGCUCCUGGCGCCUUUUCACAUCACAUGCGAUGUAAAGAUGGAUCUGUGUUUCUAUUACGCGUUUGGCUUUGUCAUCGGCGUGGGGAUGUUGGUGCGCUCUCAGUUCCAGUGCUGGGUGUGUUUGGAGCGCUACCUGGCCGUCGUCCAUCCUCUCACCUUCCUAAAGUUCAGACCUCUGAGGUACCGAAUGGCGAUCUGCGUCGUGACGUGGACGAGCGGAUUGGCCUGUGGCAUCUUCUGUAUGUUCAUGUUCCCGUUCCUGCCCUACAGAAUUAUCCUCGCUUACGCCGUCACCAUUCUGAGCAUCAACGUCUUCAGCUGCGUGUCCAUUCUGAACAAGCUGAGACACCCAGGACCGGGGGAGAGGAACGCCGACAGGAGGAUGGAGGACAGAGCCAAAAAACAGGCCUUUCACAUCGUCAUGGUGAACCUGCUGACGUUUCUGGUCCAGAGCAUCCCGAUCUCCGUCACUUUCUGCAUGCAGGACGCGCUGUCCUUGAUGGACUUCAGCCUGGCUCUAGUGAUCAGUCUGGCCAUUAACAUCAUGAUGGGUUUCAUGAGUCCAGUUUUUGUGCUCCAUAAAGCUGGAAAACUCUCGUUUUUAAAGUCUGCAUGCUUUUAA